GCUUGGACGAGUUCAAUUUUAAAAAAGUUCUCUAGCAAGCAAGAAGUUGUUUAUCAUCCUGUUUUGCCAGAACAUACAAAUCCGACCGCAAGUGUUUCUCUUCUUGGAAAAUGUCACAUAACUAUAGGACCGCACACAUUCUAUGACACAAAGAUUUAUGAAGCCGUCUAUGAAAAGGAAGUAAGAAGUACAGACAUACAAAGUGGAGGUUUACAAAUUCAACCGAGUUCAUUGACUGGAUCGCAGUUCCAACCGCUAACUCAUUCUGAGACCCAAUCGUCAACCCAGUCCGUUGCAACGCCACCUUUACAAUCUUCAGUUCAAGCACAAUCAAGUUCCACACCAAAAGUAAGCUCAUAUUCCACGGCCUCACGACCAAUACAACCGGCGAUCCAACCACGGCCAGCAAAUCAAACUCAGUCACAGGUACCAAUCCAACCACGAGGAACCACCAAAAUAACUACUCGAUCAACACCUUCCAAUUCCCCUGUUAUUUCUUCUGUUCCGGCUUCAUCCAUGAACGUUCAGAAUAUGAAUUCAAAUACCUUAUCACAUGCGAAUUCUAACUUAAAUUCAAAUGUUUCUUCUUCAUCUGCAAAUGGAAAUACUCUAAAUGCGAAUGGUUCAAGAGUUCUCCCACCUUCUGUUCUACCGGCUAAUUCGCAGCUUACUGCAUUAUUUCAGACCAUCACUCCAUCUCAGAUAUUGGUUAUUCAAGAACAGUUACGGCAACCACAGGCAUCGAUUAAUAUGACACCGGAACAAAAGAAUGCCCUAAUAAAUCAACUUACAACUAUUCAUCAAUUGCUAACAUCACCUCAACAGAUGCCGCAACAUCAAAUUCAUUCGCGACCGCAACUUCUAACAACGAGAUCCAGACAAAUAGUUAGAUAUGAAGUCCUUUUGGAGUUUAGGGAAACAAAAAGUGAUAAGUGGUUGUUUCCAAAGGAAACGGUCCUAGAGGCUAUGUCAAUGUCAGAGCCUUACGACAUUCUUGCGUCGUUCUAUCUUCCGCAAAAUGAGGAGAUGACUGUUUCCAAACGAGAAUAUCAACCCGUUACCAUGCAUUUGACAAAUUUAACACAAUCGAUGUGGGAUGCGUUGCAGCGAGUUACAAAUGACUUGACGUCUGUAUUACAAUCAAUGACUGCAAAGGUAAAUAAACAGCCCAAUCGCGAAUAUUUGCUUCAUUGUUUGCCUUGUGAUUAUCCCGAGGAGUUAUUGGAGUCAACCAAAAAAUUAAAGUCCAUAACGAAAGUUGGUGAAGGAAGUAAAUCAUCAAAAACCAACUCAAGGAAGAUAAAACCGGUACCUCCUAUGACUCCUAAUGUAGUGCAUCCUCCAGUCUCUAAUUCAAGUGGAGGUAAUAAAAAAUGCGCUUAUUGUUUUGCAAAGAAUACUCCCAUGUGGAGGAGAGGCCCCGAUGGUGCCGGAACUCUUUGCAAUGCCUGUGGAGUAAAAUGGAAACAGGGAAAAAUUUUACAGGGCUCGAAUACAAGUCGAGCUACCGAAAUUAUUGACUCAGGUCCUAAGCCAAGGAAAUAUUCAUUGUCGACCGCUAACAGUUCUGCUGCCACUGUAACCCCACCAACGAAAACAAAAAGGAAAUCUGGUCGAUCACUUUCAAUGAGUGAAG